AUGAAUUUAAAAUUAAACCCAAACGCCAGUUCAUUUGUCCCAAAAGGUUUUGGUGCCAAACCAGCCGAACCAGCUGCUGAAGAACAACCACCAAAGGAAGAAAAACCAGUUGUUGAAGAAAAACCAAAAGUUGUUGAACAACCACCAAAAACAGAAGAAACCAAAACCACAGAAUCAGUAUUUAAAAUCGAAGAUGACGAUAUUGAAGAUGAUGAGGAGGAAAUUACAAGCACCACCAACAAAGUUGCAGACAUUAAAAUAGAUUUACCAGAAGAUUCAAGAGAACAUGUAAAUUUAGUUUUCUUAGGUCACGUAGAUGCAGGUAAAUCAACCCUUUCAGGUUCAAUUAUGGUUUUAACAGGUCAAGUUGAUUCACACACUCUUGCCAAAUACGAAAGAGAAGCAAAGGAAAACCAUCGUGAAAGUUGGAUUUUCGCAUAUAUUAUGGAUACCAAUGAAGAAGAACGUACCAAAGGUAAAACUGUUGAAGUUGGUCGUGCACAUUUUGAAACUGAAAAGAAAAGAUUCACAAUUUUGGAUGCUCCAGGUCACAGAUUAUACGUACCAAAUAUGAUUGUUGGUGCUGCUCAAGCUGAUGUUGGUAUUUUAGUUGUCUCAUCAAAGAAGGGUGAAUUUGAAGCUGGUGUUGAUGGUGGUCAAACUGUUGAACAUGCCCGUUUAGCUAAAAUGAUUGGUCUUAAACAACUUGUAAUUUUCGUUAAUAAAAUGGACGAACCAUCAGUACAAUGGAGCAAAGAACGUUACGAUGAAAUCGUCGAAAAACUUUCAGUUCACUUAAAGAAAUGUGGUUGGAAUCUUAAAAAGGAUGUUCAAUUCAUUCCAGGUUCAGGUUACGGUACAUUAAAUGUUAAAGAUCCAUUAAAACCAGGCGUUUGCAGCUGGUAUAAUGGUCCAUCAUUAAUUGGUACCCUCGACAAUUUACCACCAAUCGAACGUAACAUCGAAGGUGCCCUUAGAAUUCCAAUCACCACCUCAUACAAAGACAGAGGUAUUGUCAAUGUUAUUGGUAAAGUCGAAUCAGGUACCAUCAGUGUCGGUCAAAGUAUUCAUAUUAUGCCAGGUAAAUAUAAGGUUGAUGUCGUUUCAUUAACUGGUGAUAUUUGUAGCUUCAAGACUGCUCGUCCAGGUGAAAACAUUACCAUUGCACUCAAGGGUAUUGAAGAUGAUGUUAUUCGUCCAGGUAGUAUUUUAGCCGAAAUUAAUAGACCAGUACCAGUCGUCUCUGAAAUUGAAGCCAUUGUUUACAUUCUCGAUUUACCAGAAGAACGUAAAUUAUUCUCCCCAGAUUUUACUUCAAUUUUCCAUGCUCACACUGCCGUCGAAGAUGUUAGAGUUAAAUCAUUAAUUGCCACCAUCGAUAUGAAGACCAAUGAAGAGAAAAAACAAAAACCAACUUUCUGUAAAGUCGGUGAUGCUGUUAAAUGUCGUUUAAUUUUAGGUAGACCAGUUUGUUUAGAAGAAUUCUCUGUUAAUCCACAAUUAUCAAGAUUCACUUUACGUGAUUCAACUAAAACCAUCGCUUUUGGUAAAGUUGUCAAUAUUGGUAAAAAAGCUCGUGAAGCAAUUGCCGCUGCUACCCUUUCACCAAAAUAA